AUGGAUUCUGUGAUCAUUCUGUUUCUCGUUCUCUCUGCAUGUUUUACUGCUUCAGCUCAGCAAAUGGAGGCCAAUGUAAGCCCAGGCUCUUAUCUAACAACCGGAAACAACUCAAAGUGGUUGUCAAGUUCUGGUCUCUUUGCUUUUGGAUUCUAUAAGCAAGGCAAUGGCUACGCUGUCGGUAUUUUUCUUGCUGGAAUUCCUCAAAAAACUGUUGUCUGGACUGCAAACCGUGACGAACCUCCAGUCUCCAGCUGUGCUACCUUGAUUUUUACAAGCGAUGGCACGCUUGUCCUGCAAUUGACACCAGAGCAAACAACCAUCAUAGCUGAUUCUAUUGGGUCUACUUCAGCUGCCAUGCUUGAUACAGGAAAUUUUGUGCUCUAUAAUUCCGAUCAACAAAUACUGUGGCAGAGUUUUGAGCAUCCGACUGAUUCCCUUUUACCCGGUCAACGUCUCUUAGCAGGUACAGAGCUGUUUUCUAGUAUAUCAGAAACUGAUCACUCAACGGGUAUAUUUCGUCUUACGAUGCAACAUGAUGGAAACCUUAUUCCAUACCAUGUGCGCUCUCCAAACACUGCUGAAUAUGCUUAUUAUGCAUCUUGAACAUUUGGAAGCGGAGAUAACGUAACGCUAAACUCUAGUCCUGACGGCCAUCUCUACUUGCUUAACGCUACUGGUGCUAACAUUAGGAAUCUAACCAUUGGAGGAUAUCCUACAAAGGAAACUAUUUAUUUGAUGAGAAUCGAUGCAGAUGGGAUAUUCUGACUGUACUCGUAUGAGUUGAAAUAGAAUGGAAACUGGUCAAUUGUAUGGUCAUCUUCCAAUGAUUCGUGUGAUCCCAAGGGUCUCUGUGGAUUAAACGGGUUUUGUUCUCUAAUUGACAAUAAAACUCAAUGCGUAUGUCUUCCAGGGUUCGAGAUGGUACAACAGGGGAACUGGACUGCAGGCUGUGAGAGAAAUUUCAAUGCUACAAGUUGCAAUAGCAAGAAUGAAUAUAACGCAUACACCAUGCGUGA